GCCCAAAAGAAGCCAUUUGUCCUUUAGCCCUUGACCAGGUCGUGCCGACUUCUUAAGGUUGUCCUAAGGUUGCAGGUCGUAUCGAUCCGAACACCUGGACAAUCAGAACUACACUGAACUACUCGUGUGAGAUAUUGGCGGAUAGGCUGAGAAGUUUUGAGUGGGUAGGUGGUAUUGGUAUUUGAGAGAAAAAGAACCCCCAGCGCUCGCGCUCAACGCCAUGGACGAGACGAAUAGGAAUAGUGCGAAGCUAGAUAUCGAGGCGGCCAGACAGCAGUCCGCGGACAAGGAAAACUCCAAGGAGAAACUAAGCCCGGAACCGAAGGAAUCCUACAAGAAGCUCUCGGACGCGGAGCUAGACCAGGCGAACGGUGCCGCGAGGAAGCAACCUGCAGACAGUGACGAUCCCGCGAUGGUCCGCGAAAACGGCAACUGCAAGGAUGGCGAGGACGAGAAGAUGCUGAACGGGGGCGGCGCCGGUGACGCCGUGGCCACCACCAACGGGGGCGGUGGCGAAAAGGAGAAGCUCACCCAGAAGGAGCUCGAGGUGACGUUCACGUCCGAGGGACAAAAUGGGGACGUCCGGAUCAACCUGGAGGUGGAGAAGCAGCAAACCUUCUCCGGCAUGAGCAAGGAGGAGCUGAUGAAGUUCGCGAACGACCCGUUCUGGGUGCGGCUGCGCUGGUUCCUGUUCAUCGUGUUCUGGGGCCUUUGGAUCGGCAUGCUGGCCGGGGCCGUCUACAUCAUUCUGGACGCGCCAAAGUGUGCCGCACCGGUGCCACUCUCUUGGUGGCAGACGGGCCCGCUGGUUACCGUUGAUGAACAGUCCUACCGCGAGCAGGUCGCCGACGUGAAGAAGUUUGGAGCGGCGGGAGUGGUGUACAAACUGCCGGAGGAUGAAACGUACUUUGUGGAGGGAGCCCUGGAGGGCAAGAUUAAGGAGCUGGUGAAGGCGUUUGGCGACCACGACAUCAAGGUCAUCCUGGACGUGACGGCCAACUACGUGACCAAGAACGACCCGCUGUUCAAGGAGGCCACGGCCAGCGCCGACGCCCCGCAGCGAUCGGCCUUCGUUUGGCGCCAGUCCAGCGAAAAGACCAACUGGCUCGAGGUCGGCACUACCGAUCGUAGCUCCGCCUGGAAGCCACUGGACUCGCAGCUCAUCUUGGGCCAGUUUGGAGCGGAUCGCUUCGAUCUGCAGCUGAGCGAACCGAUCGCCAAGGACAAGCUCAAGUCGACGCUGCGUCGGUUGGCGGAGCUGGGCGUCAGUGGAUUCCGGUUGGCCAACGCCAAGCACUUUAUCGUGGAUCGUGCCGGAAAGGACGACGAGGUCGCAUCGCCGGCCGCGGACAAGUCGCUCACGCACGACCAUUACGACUUCUGGACGCAUGCGCACACUACUUACCAAGCUGGGCUUGGAGCUCUGCUGCACGAGCUGGCUCUGGAGGUUAGAAACUACACCAAGGGCGAGGGAUUCCUGUCCGUCAGCGAAGACAUUGUCCGUCCGGAAGCCUUUGCCGUCGAUGGAAGCCAGCUGGGCGUUGACCUUCCCGAGUAUGGCAACGUUGAGACGAUCCUGAGCGCUCCGAUCACCGCGGAGUCCGCCAAGAUCAUCCGGGAUGACAUCGAGCGUACGCUGAACGAAACUAACCUGUACAGCGCCGUCAACGGUGGCAAGCCCUGGAACCAGUGGCCGUACGAUAAGGCAUCCCUGGCCAACGUUCCAGCCUCGGAGUACAAUGUGUUCAUGUUCCUGCUGCCGGGAGUCCCAGUUGUCCCGCUGGACGUCCUCAACUACGGUGACGGAAGCCACGCGAUCGUCGAGAGCUUGAACAAGUUCCGCAAAUCGCCGUCCUUCGAGCAUGGUUCGUUCGCGAUCUACACGGACGCUAACGCGACCUCCAUCGGAUAUACCCGGCUCUGGCAAAAGUCCGGCAAUCCGGGCUACUUUGUGGCGCUGAACCCGACGGACGCCCCCGUGCGGGCCGACUUUGGCCUGAUGCAGGGCAUCGCCGAGGAGCUGACGGUGGUGCUGGUCAGCGCAAACUACCGCGAGGAGGACAUUGCCGCCAAGAGCAAGAUCCAGGCGAACGCGGUCCCGCUGUCGGCCCGGUCGGCGCUCAUUGCGACCUAUGUGCCGAAAUAAAUGAAGGAAUAAGCAUUUAUAAAGUUGAAGUGUUAAAAAGUUCAUGUUCGCUUAGCGCAUAUUAAAUGUUUGAAGAAAAGACCGAAAAAAAGAAAAUUGUCUUUUCGUAAUCGCUUUGGCACAAACAAGAAUGAAUUUAAGUAAUUCAAAGUAGAAAACAAUAAAUAUUAUCAAGAGCAUCAA